AAUCUGCAGGUGGCCUCUCUCAAAGCUUAGGAUACAAGACAACGCCCCGCCUCUCUAGUCCCAGUGGGUACAGGCGGCAAAGAGGAGCGAGCCUUCUCUGCAGGUGUCUGUACAUUGUUGUCCAGGGUUUGUCCACUAGAGCUACCGUGCUGGACAUUGAUUGUCUAGACCCCAGAAGUCCCAGCCAGAGCUUGGUAGGGGGUGGGUCACGUGCCCAGGAAUAGGGCUCAACCUGGGAUCUCCGCUGAGACUUCUGCUCCUUCCCCUGAGUCCCAGAAGCUGGCACUGACAGCCAUCUUCACGGCAAUGGGGUGUUCCAGCAGCACCCAGACCCAGAAUCAGGAAAGCAGCCGGCCAGUGAACAAGACCGGUGUCACCAACGGACUGAAGCAAAGUGCAACUUCGGAUGGAAACUCUUCAAGCCCAUAUGAAAAUGAAAUUUGUCUUGACAAAACCAAACAGUGUACAACAGAAGGAAAAGUCGAUGCCAAUGAUAAAAGAGGACCAACCAAUAUCCUUCUAGCAGGGGAUCCCAGGCUUAUGAUUCCAUUUGCAGCUGAUGGUGCUAGUUCUACCUGUGAAGAGGGAUACCCUGAGAAAGCAGGAUCUCCAAGCUCCGAGGAAAGAGUUCAAACAGAAUAUCUGAAAUCAACAGAAAAAACUAAGAAUCCAGAGGCACCUAAGGAGUCUGUGCCACCCAUAUCUGCUGGAAAAAAUGAACUUCCAGCAACAGAUGAAAAGAAUGACAGGGAAAUUGAGAAAAGUACUCAACCUAUAGGAAAAUUUGUUGAGCUUGAGAUAUUUGGAAUUGUAAAGGAGAUUAAGUCACUGAAAACAGCUAGAGAAGUAGAACCUACAGAAACAGAACAUAGUCAGCAUCUAGAAAUGACUGAAGAGGCUGAUCCCCAAAGAACAAUGGAGGAGGUUAAGCAUUUGGUAACAUCUGAAGAGACAGAACCUCAAGAAAUUGUGGAAGAUAUUCAGCAUAUAAAUACUGAUAGAAGGGCAGAAAUAUUGGAGGAGAAUAAUUAUGUGGGAACAGCUGGAGAGACCAAAACUUCAGGAAUACUGGAAGAGGCUGAGUAUGAGGGAACAGCUGGAGAGACCAAACCUUCAGGCACACGUAAAGUAACUGAGCAUGAGGAAGCAGGUGGAAAGAUGGAACCUUUGGGAACACACACAGAGUCUGAGGGAAUAGCUGGAGAAAUCAAACCUUUGGGAAUGAUGGAAGAAACUGAGCAUGAGGAAACACCUGGAGUGACCAAACCUUCGGAAAUGUUGGAAGAGACUGAGCGUGAGGAAACACCUGGAGAGACCAAACCUUCGGGAAUGAUGGAAGAGACUGAGCGUGAGGGAACACCUGGAGAGACCAAACCUUCGGGAAUGAUGGAAGAGACUGAGCGUGAGGGAACACCUGGAGAGACCAAACCUUUGGGAAUGAUGGUAGAGACUGAGCGUGAGGGAACACCUGGAGAGACCAAACCUUUGGGAAUGAUGGAAGAGACUGAGCGUGAGGGAACACCUGGAGAGACCAAACCUUUGGGAAUGAUGGAAGAGACUGAGCAUGAGGGAAUACCUGGAGGGACCAAACCUUCAGGAAUGAUGGAGGAGACUAAGCAUGAGGGAACACCUGGAGAGACCAAACCUUCCGGGGUAGUGAAGAAGAUGACUCUGGUAACAGGUGAAAAGAACAAUCUUCAGGGAAUAGUUGAAGAUAAUGAAUUCCCAGAAAUCAUGGGAGAGAUUCAGUCUCUCAGAGCUCCUGGAAAGAAUGACCAUUCCAGAGCAGAUAGAGGCACUGAACUUCCUGAAAGAGUGGAAAAGAUUCUGUUGGUAGAAACAGUUGGAGGAACUCAACCUCCCAUAAUAGAUGAAGGGCCACAGGAAAACAUGAAGCCAGUCAUGGAAGUAGCCAGGGAAAUUAACAUGAAUGAAGAGAACCAAGCAAUUGAAGGUGAGACGGGAGAAAGGGUGGAAACUGAGACGCACAGUGAGAUAGUAAGUAAGGGGUCUGAAACAAAAGAAGAAGAAACGGGAGAAGCUGUGGAUACUACUACAUUCACAGAGAUAGAUAAGAAAUCUGAAGGCUUGAGAAGGACUUGCCCACAGCCACACAUGUAAUAAGUUAACAAAUAGCAAGAAAUAAGAUCCAGAUGCUACCCAUGCAGAUUCCAGUCUCUUCAUCUUGUUCAGCUGUUUAAGUAAAAAUCAUUUUUACAGUCUUGUUGACUUUGGGGGGAUGGGAGUGGGGAAUAUGACAUCAGGACUUUAGAAGGAAUUUAUAAGUUUUUACCAAUGUUAAAAAAAAUUGCCACAAAGAAAUCACCUUUCAAGGAUCCUUCAAAAGUUGCCAAAAGACUUUGACAAGUAGUUACAUAUGUACAUUUUUACUUAUCUGCCAUAGAGUGCCUUUUGUAUGUUAAUAUAUAAGUAGAAUUAUGUUUUUAAAACAUUUUUGUCUGAAAUGUUAAUAUAUUUCAUACUUUUUCAAAUCUGAGUUAGACUCUUCUAAAUUCAUUUUUAUGUCAAAACAAUAAUUACAGAAACCUCCUGUUUAUGCAUUUAAUCCAUAGGUAUACAAGAUGGUCAAAGUGCAUUGUCUCAUUUUUUUCCCUUAUUUAAACAGAUUGAUACUAGUUUAUGACCUAAAUUUUAAAAUGGUGAUUUGUAAGGUAGAUGCUAAGAAGUUACUAGAAUAAUUACUCUUGCAGAAAAGGAAACAGACUAUGAUCUUCAACUUGUAUACUUUGUGCAGUUUUAAAAAGUAAUUUAAAAAAAUCAUUAUCAUGAUAGUAUCUCAUGUAUCCAUAAUAACCUGUUUAGAAAUGUAAUUUUAAAAAAUGAUUGUGAAAUACCAGUUAAAUCUGAGAAAAGAUAUUUAUAUCAGAGUUUAUUAACAAAAUGCAUUUUUGUAACUUUAAAAUUUAAUAUUUUGGAACCAAUGACUAUAUUUCUUCAUUAAAAUUAUCAGUGAUAUGUUUUAAAAUUUUUAAUGUAGCCUUUUGUCUUUUAUAACCCAGUUAUUUCCCAAUAUCCCCCUUGUCAUCCCACCUAUGACAAAGCAAAAAACGUUGAAUAAUACAAACUAGCCUGAAAAUAUUCUGUGCCUAUAGUCUCCCAUCUUUUUUACCAAGAGGAAGGAAGUACAUUUUAUCAUUUGCUCUUCAGGUUCCAGAUUAGUCAUUACAAGUAACUUGAGAGCCUACAGGCUUUGAGUAUUUUCUUUAUUUACAUUACUUUAGUAAUUGUGCAUGUUGUUCUCAAAGUUCUGUUUAUUUCACUGUGAAUCAGUUCAUAUAAGUGUUUCCAAGUUUCUCUCAAAUCCUCAUAUUUGUCAUUUCUUAUCAUGAAGUAAUAUCCCAUUACUUUCAUAUGUCACAUUUUCUUUAGUCUAUCUCUAAUCAAUUAAAAAAACACACAUGGAUCUAAAAUGGUUCCCUAAGUAGUUUGUUUAAAACAAUACCGGAAGGGAUGAUGCAUUCAUAUCCAAGAUCAUUAAAGAGCUCAUUCUAUCUAUUAAGUAAAUAUAUAUAUAAAACACAACUGAAACACAAAUAAAGCUUCUUUUCAGACAAUGUGUUUAUAUUGUACAUGCAUAAAGUUACUGAAUAUAUAUUUUUAAUUGGUGAUUCUACUGUUUACAAAGGAUGACUGCAAACAUUUAUAGAUAAAAGGUAUCAAAAGCUGAUAGUGAUUUAUGGUAUUUUCUGAAUUUGCUCUUUAAUCAUAGGAUUGGUUCCAAGUCAAAAUUUUUUUUCAUUAAGAGAUUCCAAAGAUUUAUACUUUAAUGUCCUGUCACAUGGGUGACAAAACUCAACACAUACUGCACUUUGCCUUGCAAAAAAGGUAUUUAAAAAAAUAAUCAAUUAUUUCCUCCGGCAAAAUUAUUUUUGUUCCUUAUGGUUUAUGAAACACUGUUACAGAGUUCUCCAUAAUGAAGGAACAUCACCAUUCUUAUCUCCAUUUUGCAAAAUGUCUAAAUAUCUUUAAUGUAUUUGUCUUUCAAGAAUUCUAAAGAAUCAUUAGCAAAACUGAGUUUAGAACUGAGUUUUCCAGCCCUUCUGUACUUCCUUAUUUCAUAGUAGACUACCCAUUAUGACAUCAUUACUAAAUUCUUUGCCAUUUGUUAUAUGGGAAAUCACGAGUAGAUGAUGUUCUAAGAGAGAUGUCUGCAUAAGAGGCCAAGUGCAAACUUGGAAGCAUCCAGGCCAGACCCCAAGUUUGCUUGGAAGCUUUAUCCCCAAAUAGCCUCUUUAUCUGCCACCUACUCCUCAAACUAGACUUGGUCUUCUGUGGGUAGUUUGGGAAAACAAACAAACAAACAUUUCAUCCUCCCUUUUCUGUUUGGCUCUAGAAGGAAGCUGUUGAGGGUGGAAUACAGCUGGAUGCUCUGACUAUAUAGCUCUUAACCUUUCUGUACUACUGUUCUGAACUUGGCACUGACAAAAACUGCUUAUAAAAAUUUUUAAUGUAUUUUAUAAAACUCAGUGCUAAUGAAAAGAAGCUAAAUAAACUUUGGACAUUCUGGUUAACACCAAAGUGGAACCUCCUAGAUUUGUAGUCUGUUAAACUCUAUUUUGAAGUACAUAACAAUGAUCGGGUUUGUGGGAAAUGAUCAAAUUUGGAGAAAUCUAUUUCAGUCACUAUUUCAAGGAUUCUGCUUUGCUCAAAUUUAAUAAGCUGGUUUGGUAGGCAAAACAUGGGUUCUGGAUUCUAUUUCCUAAAGGGCAACAGCUUGGAAAUCUCUGAUUUAUGUUGCAUACCAUUGCAAACUAAUUAAGUACUGAGGAUUAAGUAAGAGAGAAAUGGCCUUCUUUUUCUCUUGCUCAUCACCACCAAUUUUGGAUAUCAUUGUGCUGAAGCUGUCAGAGCAUUUGUCCUGAUGAGUUCUACUUUAAUCUUAUUCUGCAGUUUACUCUUUCCUUUCAGUGUUUAUACAAAGUUAGAACAUCAAGUUGUUAACAUUCUCAAGGCAAAAAGAAAAUCUUGAUUGUAGAGCAGAACUAAUCCAGUUAAAGGGAAGUGUUUAAUUCUGUGUCUGCAGUUUAUUUUUUCUCUUUUAGAUUUAUCAUUGGGGAACUCUAGUUUUAUUGGGAAGCACUAAAAUCAGUUCUUACAAGUUGGUUAAAACUUAACAACUAGGGAGCUUUUCUUGUGCCUUGUAAAUGUUUCAAGUUCCUAGAUGUCAUAAAGCCAGCCUUAAAUGUUAUGUUUUAAAGCCAGUUGUAAAAGAGAUUUUGCUAUUUAUUAGUAUGAAAUUAUUAAUGACCUUUGCCCUCCAUUUCCCCCCAUAAAAUACAGUGUGCUAUUGACAUUCAUAAGCAUGCUAUCCCUGUACAUGACUCUGCCUAGAGAUUAAAAAGUAUCAUUACUUAAAUCUAUUUUAUGGGAAAUAUUUUGUAUAAAAAAAAAUUGUUUCAUUAAUCUUAGUGUGUAGAAAUUUCAAAAUUUUCUCUUGAAUAAAGCACAAAUU